CAUUUAUUGUAGAUGGAAUCGUUAGAAGACUUCCUAACCCGUUCCACUGAAAUCCUCAGGGCCCACUCAGACGGACUGUGGGCCCAGAAAAACGAGCUGUUUGCAGGGUGCAGCGAGAGCAUCCGGUCGCACCGCAAAGGCUUGCGCAAGUCACGAGAGGAACUGUUGGCGGGAUGUCUGGAGAGUAUACGCGCGCAAAGGGACGGACUGCUCCAGACUAGAGAUAGUUUGACGAUGAGGAGCUGUGAACUGUUCGCUUCUGUCAGUGAAACACUUAUUGCAGAAGGACUCAUCGUAAACGCGUCAGAGUUAUUAUUUGAGAGACAGAGGCUAUUAGCUGAUAAGUUACGGAGCAGUCUCGCUUCUAAGCUCAAGAUCUUUAUAAUAUUCUUCCUAAUGUUUGGACUAAGAAGGUAUCACUGGAAUUCAGAAGAAACAGACAUCUCACUUCUCUUUCUCGUAAUCUCGGUAGCAGCGUAUUACCUGCACGCUGUCUCUUCGGCGUCUGCGCCGCCUGUUCUAUUCUACAAACAGAGCGAUUGGAUGGAGAGGUUGUUAGACCGGUGUCCCUGUCUCUUUAAACCCUACAAACCUACCCUGCUGUGGGGGUGGAGUGGGCACCUGCAGACUGCUGUUCUCGGCAAGAUGGGACGCAGUGUCAACCCCCUCCUUCCUUUGGUAAGACGGAGUUUUAAGUUGGAUGACGGAGCGACAGUGUAUUACGACACCUUCGAUCCCCCCUUUACUAGAGCCACCGCUACUAUAGUAGUAGUACCUGGUAUAAACAACACCAGUGAGAAGCUGUACAUAAAGACGUUUGUCCGCAGCUGCCUUGGUGCCGGGUACAGAGUAGUGUGUCUCAACCACCUGGGCUCCCUCAAGGAUUACCCUAUCACAUCCCCCCGCAUCUUCGGGUACGGUCACACAGAAGAACUAUCUCGACUGGUGGAUAUCAUUAAAGAGAGAUAUCCCACUUCCCCUAAAAUACUCCUGGGAUUCAGUAUGGGUGGAAACGUGGUCACUAAAUACCUCGGAGAGAGACCAGAGAGACAAGACUGGUUUGUAGGUGUGAUCUCAGCCUGUCAAGGAUACGAUAUCAGCAAACAAGGACCCUACUUCCUCACGUGGGAUCGUAUGGCGAGACUCUACAACUGGGCCAUCACCAACGAUGCCUUGAAAGCCACCUUUUACCGACACAGUAAAGUAAUGGCGGGUAUCUACGAUAUGAGGAGGGUAUCCUCCGCUACUUGUAUGCAGGACUUUGACGCUUGUGUAAUGUCUAAGAUGUACGGUUACGAAAGCCACGAACAUAUGUACAAAGAUUGGAGCUGUUCUAGGUUGCUGGAUAACAUCAAGAUCCCCAUGAUAACCCUGAACGCAGUGGAUGACCCUAUCAUAGCGCCAGUCUGCAGCGACAUAGCUAUUCGGCAAGCCUGCAAAAACGACCGGGUUCUUCAUAUUCAGACUCAGUGCGGUGGACAUCUCGGUUAUUACACCGGGGGCUGGAUAAUACCUAACGGGUUAUCCUGGUUGGAUACCAGCAUCGUGGAGUUCUGUGGUGCGCUGUUAGCUGACUCUAAACACCAGGACGAAGACUCAGGAGACAACUCAAUGGUGGUUUAAGAUUUUUAGGAGAAUGCACAUUAUGCCGAUGAAAUGUUAAUGAUGUGCUAGUGUUAUCAGAUAGAUUAGUAACUGUUAUCCAGAUGAACUAAACUUUUUUGUGAUCAGUAACAAAGAUUAUCUACAUGUCAAUUAAAGGGUCUUCACACUAUUCGAGGUAAUAAUAGCCCAAUUAGUUUGGUGACUAAUUGGAAUAAUGUUGGGUAAAGUAUGUCAUCGCAUUUUUAGGUACUAGGAGAAUUAUUUGGUACUUUGGAUAAACAUUCCACUAAAGAUAAGUUUGGACAGUUAGCAGGAAUAAACAGACAAUAGGAUUACACUUUAUCACAACUCACAAGUCUUGUUUUAUAACACGACUCCGUUCACGGUGAAUAACAAUUAACAGGAGGUUGGAGGUUCACUGUGGAUGAGGCAUUUUGUAGAAAUAUAAUUGUUUAAACGCUUUUUGAGCGUGAGAUUAUUUUUAUCUACCUUGGACUACAGUGUGUGAAAUUUUGUGGCAAAACUCAUUUUUUUGGGAGCCAAAAAGUGCGGGUCUUUAAAUCAUCCGCCAAAUUUGGUCGCACUUAAUAUUUAUAAUGUAGACCAAGGUAGUUUUCACUGCCAGACAAAUAAUAUGUAGAUUGAUUUGUUGUCAAAAGAUUGUUUGUUAAGUUUCAUGGAUUCGAAGGGGUGGAAUUUGAAUAAUGGUCUGUGGUAUUGGGAAGUGAUGUUAUAUUUAUAUUUCAAAAAGUUUUCGUCGUGGAGCUUUUCGAUUCACAAUUUUGUACAAAUUUAAUUUAAAUAUUUUUAAUGAAACUUCAGAUAUUGUAAAACAUUUCGCUUAAAAGAUGUUUUACAAUAUUUAAUUACCUUGUCGGAGAAGCGAUAUUUUACCAACUUUCAAAGAUUUCAGCCUGAGACAUUUAGAUUUUAGAGGGGAUGGUAUAAUAUUAUAAGCCGUUGUAUGACUCGCCAAUAAUAUCGAUGAGUUUAUUGAUUUGAGUAUGACAUGAGUAGCGAUUCAUCAAUAGGGUGGUGUACGGUGCAAGUACACAUUAUAUCUCUUGUUUGGUACACACCUACUGUCUCAUCUAUACUCAGGUCAAUUUAUUAUAAUCAUUUGUUUAUAAGUUAGUUUUAAACUGAUCGUGUAGUUUGCAUUUUGAUUCAAACGCGUUGUGUAGAUCACAUAUAGAUUCUGCAUUUGUUGGAUAAUAAUAUUAUGUCAAUAAUUAGUUAAAAUUUUGACACAAACUGUAAAGAUUUAAUUGUUUUUAGAGAAAUAUGUUUAUUUUGAUAGUUUUAAAUGUAUCAUAUGCUGAGUAACAGUAAUUAUAUUGAGAAAUGUUAAAUUUGAUUUGGUUCUUAUGUGAAUUGUAAUUAUAUUAUAAAAUGUUACCAACAAUUUUAGGUACCCUGUCAGUAAUGUUACUGCUGUAUGAUUGUUUGGCAGAAAAAAACGUAACUGUACAUAAUGUGAUUUUAAAGUCAUGAUCAAUUACAGAUUGUGCGAUAAAUUAAAUAGUAGCGGAUUUUGUAUGUAUCAGUAUGGUUAUUUGGGUUCUUUUGCGAUAGUCUAAACGCGAUAGUUAGCGCUAACUAGCCCUAACUAUCGCGUUUAGACUAAAAGAACUGUCAUUUUGUUUCUUACUGGCUACUUAUACCGGUUACUUCGAUUGAACCCAAUAACUGUAACCAUGGUAACGAUAGCUGUAACCUUGGUAACGAUCUGACCAUGAAAUCCGCUACUGUAGAUGAUGAAUAUGUUUUAGUAUAAAACAUGUUAUUUUUUUAAUUCACGCCAUGUAAAUCCGAAGAAUAAUAUAAAAGUUUACUGGGAUUAGCGUUUCAACAUUCUAUUUCUAAUUCUUGUUGAUUUUCAUGUUAGUUUCAAUGAUAACGCGUGUUAUACUAAGUAUUAUAAUUUUAUAUGUUUUGAGUAAAAAGCUAAGCGGAUGUUAAGGGAUAUUUGUACUCACACUGUUAAUAUUAUACAAUAUCUAAUUUAGGGAGUUGCUAAACCUCAGUUAGGUAGGUUAGCACUACAGUGGGGGAGGCUACCAUUUGUAUUGUGAUGAAACUGAUAUUAAUCAUGGAUUAAAUUAGAUUUACUGAUCAAUAG